CCCUGCGCACCCUUUCUUACGCAAGCCUCUCCGCAGAUCGAUCAGAACCGGAAAGGUCUCCUCCGCGGCUGAGGGUCCAGGACUCGGGACGGGGGGCUGUCGGGAUUGUGAACAUAACGGCAAAAGGAGUACGUGGAGACGGAGAGAUGUCCGGACAGAUGAAGGGGUUGGCCAGAGGCAGACAGAUGUUGUUGCCACUGCUUCUCAUUGUCAGCAUCUACCUUGCAGACUCAGAAGGAGGGCCAGACAAUGGGGCAUCGGUCACACCCACCACUGGAACUGAAUCUUUCACCGAGAGCAUUGAAAAUGGGACUUCGGUCAUUCCCACCAAUGAAACUGAAUAUUCAACAGAGAGCAUUGAAAAUGGGACAUCGGUCAUUCCCACCGAUGAAACUGAAUACUCAACAGUCAUUGAAAAUGGGACGUCGGUCAUUCCCACCAAUGAAACUGAAUAUUCAACAGAGAGCAUUGAAAAUGGGACGUCGGUCAUUCCCACCAAUGAAACUGAAUAUUCAACAGAGAGCAUUGAAAAUGGGACGUCGGUCAUUCCCACCAAUGAAACUGAAUACUCAACAGAGAGCAUUGAAAAUGGGAGAUUUGGGAGAAAAUGGGUCAUUCGCACCAAUGCAACUGAAUAUUCAACAGAGAGCAUUGAAAAUGGGACAUCGGUCAUUCCCACCACUGAAACUGAAUACUCAACAGCAUGGCAGGAGUAUGGGGCGCCAGUCACAUCCACCGCUGGAACGAAACCCACUUCCGGUACGUAUCCUUUCCUCGGUGAAAAUGUGUCUCAGAGUGAUCAGAGAGACCCUCACAGUGACUGGGUUACUGAGACAGGGUGGGGUGUACAGGUUAGAGAGGGUCGCAGAGAUGGGCUGGGGAAUUGGGGAUGGAGGGGCCAGAGGGGUUCAGAGAGAUCUGGGUGGAUAGGUCACAGAGACUGGGAGAGGUGCAGGAGCUAA